AUGGAAACCACCGCCAACAUAAUCAAGACCCUGGAGAGACAUCUACGCAGACUUGCUUCCACACAGCCUUUAAGAAAGUGUGUACCACAAGGACAGGUUAUGAAUGACAACACUCUAAAUGAGAUCUCAACGGUGAACGGGUGUGUGAUGGAGCUCAUUACACUCGUUCUUCCUCUCCUCAUCUUCCUUGCAGAGAGGGGGGUCACAACUCCUGCAACCUCUGACCCUGAUGUGACUCCAACAAUCCCCAUGGACCCAUGUGAGGGACAACCGUGUCUAAACGGAGGAGUGUGUACACCUGCAGAGGGAGAAGAGCUGAAGUACAUUUGCACAUGCAGCGCGCAGUUCACCGGACACAACUGCCAGUUAUCUGCUGACCCAUGCACCAGUGACCCCUGUCUUCAUGGUAACUGCACACAUGAAGGUACAGAGUUUGUGUGUGUGUGCAGCGAUGGGUAUGGAGGAGUCAGGUGUGAGCAGCCACCUUCAGCCUUUGACCUUGUUGAGUCCAACUGGGACCUAGCAGCUACUCCAGCUACUACUACUCAACCAUCUCAGCCAAUCACAGAGCUCAGUGACACUGAGGCACCACCCACUUUGCAACCAUGGCAACCAAAGCCUGGACAGAAGAUGAUGGAGGUCCAGUGGGAGGAGCUCCAGAUCACUGAUGGAUCAGAGUGUGUGAGCAUUGCGGGCACUGAGCCAGCUGGAAUGAUGACGGUUUCCAUGGAGAUUGCAGAAGGAACUGCAGUAAAGUUGGUACUGAACAUUAGUGGAGCUGCAGCAUUGUGGCGUGUUGGAGCUCUUGGGUUUGACCGGUGUUCAGUGUCUGAUGGCAUGGUGGUUUGGUUCCAGCAGGACUCCACUGGCCUAGUAAUCUCUGAUCAACUACUGCCACUUGGACACAACUACUUUAUCACUGUGCUGCGUAUUGGAGCCCCUUCUGGUCUGGAGGCCACUCUCAGAUUACAGUUCACUGUAAAGUCUACUAGCUGCAUGGAGCCAGGCAGCAAUUUCAGUGACCCACAGUGCACUGGGAGAGGGAGGUGCAUCACACAGUCUUCUGUGAGUACAUUUUAUUGCCAGUGCGAUGUUGGAUACUCUGGAAUCUUUUGUGAGGAAUUUGAUGCAUGCUUCUCAAGCCCAUGUGAAAACAAUGGGACCUGCAGUGACAUCACACAGAGACAUGAGGGGCAUGAGUACACUUGUACCUGUCUGCCAGGGUUUGAAGACCAGAACUGUCAGUCUCGGGUAAAUCACUGCGCCUCAGAACCCUGCAAAAAUGGAGCAACAUGCACAAACACACUGAACGGUCCACAAUGCACCUGUGCAGAUGGUUUUAAAGGAAAUGUCUGUGAGGUAAGAGUUGACCCAUGUGCUUCUGGUCCAUGUCACAAUAAUGGGACAUGUUAUCUGCAGGCUGGGGGACAGGGCUUCAGCUGCACCUGUCCUCCUGGUUUCACUGGACACACCUGCACUCAGCUCGUUGAUUUCUGUUCACUCAACCCAUGUGCACAUGGUGUAUGUCGCAAUGUUGGCACAAGCUAUAGAUGCCUGUGCGUGCCAGGUUAUCAUGGGUUGUACUGUGAGGAGGAGUAUAACGAGUGUCUCUCUGCUCCAUGUCUAAAUUUUGCUACCUGCCGGGAUCUGAUCAAUGCCUAUGAAUGUGUAUGUACGUCGCAGUACACAGGGCGACAUUGUGAGAUUUAUAAAGAUCCAUGUGCAAAAAUGCAGUGUCAGAAUGGAGGUCAGUGUGAAAGAAGGCAGAGCAAUGCAACCUGUGUGUGUGCACCUGGAUACACAGGUGAAAACUGUGAAAUUGACAUUAAUGAGUGUGAGAGCAGCCCGUGUCAUCAUGGUGGCACCUGCAUUGACCAGUCAGAUGGCUUCAUCUGUCACUGCCCACCUGGCUGGGUGGGCGGGGCCUGUGAGAUCCAUCUGCAGUGGAAGGCAUCUCGUACAGUUGAUUCUCUCCCUAGUGUGCCACGUCACUCUCUCUACAUCAUCAUUGGCGCGCUGUGUGUAGCCUUCGUCCUCAUGCUCAUCAUCCUCAUUGUUGGAAUCUGCCGCAUCAGCCGUAUUGAGUAUCAGGCAUCAUCUCGUCAUGCCUAUCAGGAGUUUUAUAACUGCCGCAGCAUCGACAGUGACUUCAGCAAUGCUAUUGCCUCCAUACGUCAUGCCCGAUUUGGGAAGAAAUCUCGUCCAGCCAUGUAUGAUGCCACACCCAUCAACUAUGAGGACUUCAGUGCAGAUGACAAACCGCUUGUCACACUCAUCAAAACUAAAGAUCUGUAA